GCCUACUGAGUUGGACUCGCGAGUUUGGAGCUGUUUGUUUUUUCUCGUGCUUACCGAAACAUACUGGAUUUUAACUAUGACUAUCAUUAAGCCAUAUUGUGCGUCGUUUCUCUCUUUUUCACUCGAAUCGGUGAUGCAAAUCUGAUCCAAAAUGAAGUUUGGGAAGAAUAUAUGCAUCCUAAACGUUGGUGGCACCAAGUAUGCUUUCACUAGAGAAGUUAUAAAGGAUUUUCCCCUCCGAAGAGUGAGCAGACUCCACAGCUGUUCCUCUGAAAAAGAGGUCUUGGAGGUAUGUGAUGAUUAUGACCGAGAGAGGAACGAGUUUUUCUUCGACAGGCACUCCGAGGCUUUUGUCUUUAUUAUGCUUUAUGUGCGAUCUGGAAAGCUCAGGUUUGUCCCGCAGAUGUGCGAGCUUUCCUUUUACAACGAGAUGAUCUACUGGGGUUUGGAGAGCUCACAUUUGGAGUUUUGCUGCCAACGACGAUUGGAGGAUAGGAUGACCGACACUUACACGUACUUUUCAGAGGAGGACAUCAAGGCUGAGGUGGAGUCCAGAGGUGAGGAGGAUCAGGUCACCAGGUUCGCCUCCGAGAGAGGUAACGCGCGGUGGCUGGAGAGGAUGCGGAGGACUUUUGAGGAACCAGCUUCCUCUGUCGCUGCGCAGAUCCUGGCAUCAGUGUCAGUGGUUUUUGUCAUCAUGUCUAUGGUCAUCCUCUGCGCGAGUACUCUACCGGACUGGGAUACAGCAAAAAACAAUACAGUGGAAGAACACAGGAUCAUCGAGGCAGUAUGCAUUGGCUGGUUCACUGCCGAAUGCAUAGUGCGCUUCAUUGUCUCACGGGACAAAUGUGAGUUUGUGCGCCGCCCCCUUAACAUUAUUGACUUCCUGGCGAUCACACCUUACUACGUGUCUGUCGCUGUGACAGCGCUAACAGGAGAAAACCCUCAACUACAGCGUGCAGGAGUCACCCUGCGUGUACUACGAAUGAUGCGCAUCUUUUGGCUAAUCAAGCUGGCGCGUCACUUCCUCGGGCUGCAGACGCUUGGGCUGACGCUGCGCAGGUGCUACCGCGAAAUGGUCAUGCUGCUGGUGUUCGUCUGCGUCGCGAUGGCGAUAUUCAGCGCCCUGGCACAGCUGUUGGAGCACGGCCUUGACCUGGAGACUAGCAAUGAGGACUACGCCAGCAUCCCGGCAGCCUGCUGGUGGGUUAUUAUCUCCAUGACGACCGUCGGCUAUGGAGACAUGUACCCCAUCACCAUUCCGGGACGCGUGCUGGGUGGCGUGUGCGUUGUGAGUGGCAUUGUGCUGCUGGCUCUGCCCAUUACCUUUAUCUACCACAGCUUUGUGCAGUGCUACCAUGAACUCAAAUUCCGCUCAGCACGCUGCGUGCGAAGUCUCUCUUCUGAGUUUCUCAACUAACUGUAGCAUAGAUCGUCCUGAGAACCUGCUGGUCUUCAGCGUAGUAACAUCACCUGCUCUUCUGUGCCUUUAUAUUGAACCAAGAUCGGAAAUAUAGCGAAGGAACGCGCUACAUCUGAUGUGGAAAAAUCAGCAUUUAGACUCUCUUUGCGAACCUAUUAUAUCCAAAUAAUAACACAAGUACCUCUGUACUCAAGGAUACAUUCUGGAAUUCAUUGAUUUUAGACAAUACAGGCAUCUGAAGCAAUUUCUGACUUACAGAAUAAGACAAAAGAGACAAAUCCCCAGCUCAAAGCUGGAAAGUGCACAAUAAAGCAUUACAAUCCAAAGGAAAUACUUUAGCCAAUGUUUGUGUUGUAAACCCCUUCCUGUGUGAACGAACAAAACCGAUAGAACAGCAUUUCCCUUGUAUGAAAUGGACAACUGUGGCAUUUGACGACUACAGAUGGCCAGGCUGCCUGGAACGGGCAUCUGGCGGGACCUUGUGUCCUGACAGUGCUCCAGCCUAUAAGGAGCUUACAUGAAUUCUCAUGUUUCCAUGGAGAGGUCCCUCCGACUUGUUAAAUCAUUAAUUCAGCUCCCAAUAAAGUGGUAAAGCAAGAGGAACUAAAGUGAAAGGUUUUAAAAUGGCCAAAUAGCGCAAAUACUGUGAAAAGGCCUGCUCACACUAAGAGCGGUAACUGUCAUAAUAACAAUAAAGAUAAGUCCCCCUGCAGCCACUAAUUUUAUCUCUUAAAACUCCUUUUUAAUAGCAAAAUUAUAAUUUUUCUCCAUGAAAAUUUUAUCUUUAAAUGGCUUGAAUAUAACUCUAAACGCUUAACUCAUUUAGUGUAU